GCCCUUUCUAGUUAACCAGGUCGACCCCUUUUAAGCCUCAGUCUGGGUUAGCUUCGCUUCAGCGGGAACCUGCCCACAGCGGAGGCCGGUUCUUUCCGGCUCGAGCAGGUCCGGACCCUCCCCUCUGGCGGCUACGCAGUCUCGGAGGCUUGCUCGUAUAGUUCAGGGCCAGACAGCGAGCGGCGGCGGCUGCCACCAAGGUUUGGCUCCAGCAGCUGCUGUUGCCACCACCACUAGUUCAAGCACCAUGCAGUUUACCUCAAUAUCAAAUGCUUUGACCUCCACUGCUGCUAUUGGGCUCUCAUUUACAACUUCAACGACUACCACCACCACUUUCACCACCAACACUACUACCACAAUCACCAGUGGCUUUACUGUGAACCAAAACCAACUGUCAUCAAGAGGGUUUGAAAACCUUGUACCUUAUACUUCAACUGUUAGUGUAGUAGCAACUCCUUUGAUGACAUAUGGUCACCUGGAGGGUCUUAUAAAUGAGUGGAACCUUGAGCUGGAAGAUCAAGAGAAGUACUUUCUUCUCCAGGCCACUCAGGUCAAUGCUUGGGACCGUACAUUGAUUGAGAAUGGUGAGAUGAUUAGUAUUUUACAUGGAGAAGUGAACAAAGUGAAACUGGAUCAGAAAAGGUUGGAACAAGAAUUGGAUUUUAUCCUGUCAGAGCAGCAGGAACUAGAAUUUCUGUUGACUUAUUUAGAGGAGGCUACGAGCAACCAGAGUGGACUUCAUUAUCUGCAGGAUGCAGAUGAGGAGCGUGUGAAGACUUACAGAUUAGCAGAGCGUAUAGAUGCUCAGCUGAAACAAAUGGCCCAAGAUCUCAAGGAUGGUGUUAAUCACCUGAAUACAUUUGAAAGUUCUGCUGACACUACUGAUCCGCUCUACCAGAUCUGCAGAAUUCUGAAUGCCCAUAUGGAGUCUCUGCAGUGGAUUGAUCGGAAUUCAGAAAUUGCCUAGAAGCAAUGACAGACAUACCCCAGUGGCAAUGAGCACACCUAGAAGCUAGAUCUUGGUUUCUAAAUGCCAUUCUCACUGAAAGGAACCAAGUCUUCUUGGGGAACUGUCUAAUCUCAUGCCUCAGGCUGGGAAAGUACAGAGUGAGCUUGGGACUUCUUGUGCAAGAAAGCAAUCAUUGUUAAGUGACUAAUAAGGUUAUAUCAGGCCACAAGAUUGUGCUUGAAGGGACUCCCACUGGCCACAUUAAGAUGGUUUGAACAUCAAAAAGAAUAGUAAUAGUAACAGAUUAUAAUAGAUUGAGGGAAAAUAAAAUCUCAUGAAUCUAUAAUGAUACUCCAAAAAACAAAGGAAGUACAGGAGAAAGUCUACAGAAGCAUGCCAGCUAAUUAUUAAAAGGAAUGAUAAAAUUAGAAAACUACCAUUAAUAAAACUUUAAACAGAACACUUUCAUUAAGCUCACCCUCAUCUUGACACCCUGCCUCAUUCGUAAAAUGUUCAAACUGUCAUUUCUUGGCAGAAAAAUAUGAUAGCAGAAAAUGGACCAAAUACAGUCUGUAAGUUGCUGAGUUAAUUUUUUCAAAACAGCUUUAUUGAGGCAUAAUUUACAUACCAUAAAGUUCACCCAUUUUAAUUGUACAAUUCAAUGAGGAAAAGAGCCAUUUUGCAACCCCAGCACGAUAGUUGAUUCAGGCAAGGAUCAUCAAUGAAUGCUAAAACCAUUGAGUUUAAGAUUGUUGGAGAACAGGAUAUUUAUGUGGUCUCAAAAAUAUCACUCUGUAGAUUACUGAAAAAUUACGAAGGACAAAAUGUGCCUUUACAACAGCUACCUAACAUGUACCACUUUAAUGAAGUGAUCAAACUUAGCCUCUCCAAUAGUAGGAUAACUUGACUUUAUGUGCCCCUUGAUCUGACAUGAUAAGAAGUAUACAAUAUCAUUUAUGUAGUAGUCUUAUCAAAAAUGUUUAAGUUGAAUCUAAUCAUAAGAAAAUAAUCAGAUAUUCCACGUGUGAGACAUUCUGAAAGAUGAUGUAAUAUUCUUACCCAAAAUGUUUAACUUGAAUCUAAUCUCUAGAAAAUAAUCAGACAAAUUCUAUGUGUGAGACAUUCUGAAAGAUAAUUGGCUUAGAUUCUUCAAAAAGUUUGUUAUGAGAAAAAAAAUUUGAAACAAAUAAAAAUAAGUGGAUAGUCUUAGAUUAAAAGAAGCAUAACAUUCAAGUCUGCCUUGUUAACCUUGAUUAGGUACUGAUCAAAACUAAAAAGAUAUUGUUUAGAAUAUUGGGGGAUUGAAUAUGGACUGUAUAUUAAAUGAUAUUAAGGAAUUGUUUAUUUUACUAGAUGUGAUAGUUAUUAUGAUUAUGUAGGAAAAUAUCCUUAUUCUUAGAAGAUUCAGGCUAUGUUAUUUAGAGAAUUCUCAUGUCUGUAGUUUACUUUCAGCAAAAAUUUGCCAAGAGAAAGAUUUAGCAAUUUGUGGCAAAAUAUUAACAGUGGGUUAAUCUAGGUAAAAGGCAUUCAUGUGUGUGUUUUUUACUAUUCUCUCAACUUUCCUAUGGACUUAAAAAUUGGGGGGCAGAAAUCAUUUUUAUACACUUUGCUUAAAUAUGGAAUAUAAUGAAGCCUAAGGAAUUAAGACAAAUAGGAGCUGAUUAACCAGAGUUACUACUUUUAAAGACGUGGCCUUAAAAUAAUACAAAUUUUAUUAUUUGGCAUUCUAGAUUUUUCAUUUUCUGCAUUAAUAGAGGUCAUCAACCAUGAACUUCUUCAGCUUCUUUACCUUUCAGACAUACCUAUAUCAUCAUUCAUCUUUACUUCCUUCUCUCCUGUGUUAAGGAAAAAAUAUUCUAUCCAUUUUGAAACUGUUUUGAAUUAUCAGAGGGAGGUUAAAUUCUAUAUCACUUUAAUAUUUUUAAAAACUACCUGAUGGGGAGAGGUUUCUAAGUCAGAUAGAUAUGGGUUCAAGUCAAGGCAUUACCACUUAAUUAUUGUGUGACCUUAAUUGUUACUUAAUCUCUCUGAGUCUGUAUCUUCAUUUUUAAAAUGAGGGAUAAUAUGUACCAGUUAGGGGUUCUGUAAGGAUUAAAAGAAGCAAUGUCAGUAAAUGGUAGUGGCAGAACUGGUUACUGAUUCAGAAUUUACUAUGUUUAUGAGGUCAGGUAAGAGAAAAGAAGGGUCAUGUGAUUCAAAAGGUAGCUAUUAAAUUGAAUCUAGAGAAGGCAGUUCCAGGUAGAUUAUCACCAAAAACCAGUUACCUAGACUUACCUAGGCAAGUUAUAAGAACUGCUGAGAUGUGAGAGUGUCAGUAACUAGAAAACACUGAGGAAUGAGAUUAAACAAUGCUUGGCUUAGUUGUCUUCCUGUCGCAUGUUUUUCUACAGUGAUCAGUGCUUCUUGGGUAGAGUUGAGGAAGGUGUUCAAAAGUAAUUUGGGCUGUAGAGAAAAAUUAUAGUGAUUUUUUUCUCUUGGCAGGGAUUCUCUUUAUCAAAAAUGAAAUCUCAAGGCUUUCAGCCAGUGUUUCCUUAAUAAAAUUAAGACUGUUAGCAUUGAAAGGGACUUACUUUACUUAAAUGGAGAAACUGUGGCUCAGAGAGGUUGAAUGACUUCUUUAAGAACACACAGCUAAUUAAUGGUAGAGCUAGGACCAGGAUCCAGACUUCCUUAUUAUCAGAAUGGUGUUCUUUCUUCUGGUAUGCUCUUAAAACAACUGUAAGGUAGGACCACUGAAUAUAAAAACAAAUCUUAGUCAUGUACCUAAUAGUAGAGGACAAAGGUUAUCAAAGUAUGAUAGUACUUUGGAUAGGAUAUAAGUUCUAGGUAUCUGGGGAAAGUUCUAAGUCAACACAGGAUAAAAAGAGAAAAACAAUGAAGAGUAAUGAUUACUUGGAGUUACUUUUUUGCUAAAAAUUCAUUUGAGCUGGGGAGGCGAUGAGAUUUCAUAUUGGUUCUCAACUGAGACAAAGGAGGCCAUGAUAAAGAAUGAGAAAAGAAGCCUGGUAUUUCUUGACUCUGUGGGCUCCUUUUUGCCAUUCCCACCCAAGAAGCCUUUCUUUUUCAUAUCAGGAAAUGACAAGAUGAAGAAAUUGAGAGUGGCAGGGUUUAACUAUGCUGUCUUAACAGAGGUUGUUUUUUGUUAUUUUAUUUUGUUUUUUAGUACUUAAUUGAAUCAUUUAUGCUAAAAUGAUCUGUGGACUGAAAAGUUUUAAGAGUAAGCUCAAUGAAUCCAUUUAUUCCUACUCAAAUAAUAGUUAUAGAAAAAAUAAUAGAUGUGUUAUUUUAACAAUACAAAUAUUAUAGUUUUUUACUAAAGAGAAAUCUUCAACUUGUAUAUAGUCAAAUCUUUAUUUUAAAAGGAUUCUGGGAAAUGUUUUGAUAAUUUAAUAUCUUUAAUUUUAAUACACAUUUUUUCCAUCAUAAAACAUGACAACUGUUGCACUAAGAGGAUCACAUAUUUAACUAAAAAGUUGGCUCUUUAAAAGUGGUUUGGAGGCUGGGCACUGUCUCUCAUGUCUGCAAUCCCAGCACUUCAGCGAUCCCAGG